AUGGAACCCAAUGCGCCUAGAAUCAGCUUCACGGGGGGCCUAGGGGAGUUCUACACCCUGCCACCGGACUAUCAACGACCUCCGGACAACCCUAUUCCCGAAGGCGAUGAGGGUCUGUUUGCUGAGGAAUUAACAGAUCGGCUUCGGUGGUCAGUCCUGGAUCCAGCCACGACAGCACAGAUUGUCGAACUGGACAACACCGGCACCCCUCAGUGGCGGCCUCUGCUCGGUGCGCCAAACCAUGCGCUCGCUGAAGAACCUGUCACCCAACCGCCACGUUCCCGCAUGCUCAUCGCUUUCGACGUGGUGUAUGGCGCAGAUUACUGGCUUGAUGCCGAUGCACUGGACGAACGGCCCGCACCCUUGGUGAUUGAGAAUGCAGGAGGACAGCCCAUCACAUUUGCGCAGUUCGUCAGCGAGUUGCACCGUUACGCUUUGGAGCUGCGCGAAACCAUCUUCGAAAUCGAAAAUAGGGGCAAUUCAGAUAAUGCGCGUCUCUACUGCUCUGGAGCUUCUGGGCCAAAGCGCAAAGACGCAGGGGAUCCGGACGCCUUAUUCAUGGUCUAUCUUGAUUCCGACAUGUUCACCAGUGGCCAAGAGUUUGAGCAGGACUGGAUUAGGAAGGCAGAACGGUUUGCCAAGAAGGCGGGCUUAAACUCGUAG